AUGUCAGCGCAAAAAUUAUUGUACAUUUGCCUGCUUUGCAUGAUGAUGGCUGCGGCGGCCUGGAGUUUGCCCAGUCAAUCCCUGAAUGUGACGAACACUUCCUCGGAGAGAAGGCAGCUGGUCAAGGACUUUGUGGCCAAAGUUCAGGAAUUGAUAAGCAUAUUGAUGAAGCAGUUGCUAAGCCUUUCAGCCACAAAAUAGGAUUUAAAUAAAUAUUUUUGUAUAUUUAAAAUUAAAUA